UGUAUGUGCUCAUGGCAUCACCUUCGCCCGUCUGGCUUCAAAGGCUGAUCGCGAGUAGUCUCUAUCCCCUUCCUGUAUUGUCCGUUUGGGGUGGGGUCCGCCUCCUACUGUGCUGAAGCAGCCUUUCUUCUUGGCACUACGCCCGCCCGCCCACCGGACCCUGCAGCAGAGUCCACUGUCCACGGCCAAAGGCGAGAGAGAGAGAGAGAGAGAGAGAGAGAGAGAGAGAGAGAGAGAGCACGGGAUGGGUUGAGGAACGAGAUGGAGGGAGAAAGUGGGCAGCCUGCUGGAUCUUGGCAUCUCGCCGCCGCCGCUCACUUCCGCUCCACCUGUUACUGAAGGUCGGUGUUAUAUUUUCUUAAACUCCAGUUUGGUGCAGUGUGGGCUAGUUAUCUACUAGACUUGCCACUGGUGCAGAUUCCGUUGAUCCCACAUCUGAAAAGCAGGGGAGUCGACGACCCUCAUGGUUUUGAGGAUAAUAUAUUGCAUCUCUGCACUGUUCUAAGCGUGAGGAAGUAAAGCAUUAUUUAUUGGUUGGAGUAGUUUCUGUUGCUAUCCGGCACCAAUGGCGACUUUGGUUCGUCAUGAUUCAAGGCAGUACUCUUGGUGGUGGGUUAGCCAUAUCAGCCCCAAGAACUCGAAAUGGCUCCAGGAAAAUCUCAGCGACAUGGACACAAAGGUUAAAGCAAUGAUCAAACUUAUCAAUGAAGAUGCUGAUUCUUUUGCAAGGAGAGCAGAGAUGUACUACAAGAAACGUCCAGAGCUAAUGAAAUUUGUGGAGGAAUUCUAUCGAGCAUACCGUGCGCUGGCAGAAAGAUACGAUCAGGCCACUGGGGCACUUCGUCAGGCUCACAGAACAAUUUCUGAAGCAUUUCCAAAUCAAAUGCCGUCAAUGUCAGACGAGUCACCCUCUUCUUUCAGCCAAGAGAUGGAGCCUCAUACUCCAGAUAUGUCUACUUUUACACGUGCGGCAUUUGAUUCUGAUGAUCUUCAGAAGGAUGGAGUUGGUAUGUCACCACAGCGUUUCACCUCCAAGAGAAAUGGUACACACCCUGAGGAAACAAGUGCAUUGUCAAGUAGAAAAGGUCUAAAGCUGUUCAAUGAUUUGUCAUCGAGUAGUGAAAAUGCUCCUCGUGCUGGUUUUGAUGGGAAAGUACGGAAAGGCCUAACCUUUGAAAGCCCAGAAGUUAAAGGGAAAGAUGGUAUCAGCAAUGAGAUGGCAAAUUUGCAGCAAGAAGUUGCAAGACUAUUAUCCGAGAGCCAGAAUCUGAAACAGCAGAUGCUGUCAGAAUCCGAGCGGGCAAACAAAGCUGAAAAUGAGAUGCAAAUGCUCAAGGCAACAGUAUUGCAAUUAAGUGCUGAUAAAGACACAUCACUUACGCAAUAUAAUCAUUCCUCUGAGCGAAUAUCUACGUUGGAGUCCGAGCUCUUGAAGGCGCAGGCUGACCUCAAGAAGUUAACUGAUGAAAUGGCUGCAGAUGUCCAGAAGCUAAUUAAUGCUGAAACACUCAAUAUUGCUAUACUGUCUGAGGCUGAGGGUUUGGAUCAGAAGAUGAAGAUGCAACAACAAGAACUAGAACAAAAGCUUAAGGAAUUGGAGAGUUUCCGCUCAAGCUUCCAGGAGGAGCAUGAAAAGCGUAUGCAGGCUGAAAGUGCUCUACUUUCCCAGGGGAAGGAACUUGCUCAAUCUCAUGAAGAAGUACAGAGGUUGACUAUAGAAAUAAAGAUGGCGAAUGAAAAGUUGAAUGAGCUCAAGCAGACCAAGGAGGACCUUCAUGACACUGUUUGUGAGCUGAAGAGGGAUGUUGAGCGCCUUACAGAACAAAACCAGUCAUCUGAGGUGCUUAUACGGGAACUUGGUGACGAGAUAAAUACACUCAAGGAUUCAAAAAAUGAACUCCAAAGUGAAAUAAAAAGCCUUAAGAGCACCAUUUCACAGCUAAACACUGAGAAGAAUGCAGCUGCGCUUCAACACCAGCAGUCUGUGGAGCAGGUUUCGGUAAUCGAAUCUCAGCUGUCAAAGCUACAGUCAGAGCUAGAUGAGACUGAGCAGAAAGUACAGUUGCUGACACAAGAUCUUGAAAAGAAAAAAGAAGAAGCGGAGAAUAUCCAUUUCAAGCUGCAAGAUGAAUGCCAUAGGCGUAUGCAAAUUGAAGCAACUCUUCUCAUGACAGAGGGUCUACAUUCCCAGUUGCAAGAAGAAAUGAAAACACUGACACAAGAUUUUGACGGAUCAACAAAGAAGCUUAGUGAGUUAGAAAAUAAUAAGUUAGACCUGGAGAGCACACUGAAAGAACUGAAUAACACCAUUUUAGGUUUGAACUCGGAGAAGGAUGCAGCACUCCUUCAACAACAGCAGUCUUUAGACAAAGUAUCUGAUUUGGAAUUAGAACUCUCAAAGAUGCAGUUGGAAAUGGAGAAGUCUGAGCAAAAAAUUCUCUUACUGGAGCAAGAAAUUGCACGGAAGACUGAAAGUGUCGACAGCUUGGAGAUAAGUUUUAAAGAUGAAUGUGAGAAGAGGCUACAAGCCCAAACAUCGCUUGUGUCAUUGGAGAAAAUGUAUUGCCAGUCACAAGAAGAUGUUAGAAGGUUGCAGAUAGAGAUUGAGAAGCAGAAUGACAAGUUGAAUGAGUUGGAGAACUUGUCAUCUGAACUUAACAACACCAUCCUACUUGUAAACACUGAGAAAGAUGCAACCCUCCAUGAGAACCAGCAGUCCUUAGCGAGAAUAUUGGAUCUUGAAUCUGAACUCAUGGUCUUGAAAACUGAACUGGAGAAUGUUGAAAGGAAAGUUCACAUGAUAGAGCAAGAACUCAUAUAUAAGAAAGAAGAAGCGGAUAACCUCCAAAUUAGCCUACAAGAUGAAACUCAAAAACGGGUUGAUGGUGAAACAUCUCUUCUUAUGAUGAAAAAUCUUCAUUCGGAGUCACAAAAUGAAGUGAGAGGGUUGGCACUGGAACUCGAGAAGCUGAAUGGUAAUUUAAGACAGGUGGAGAACAGUAAGGUUGAUCUUGAAAACAUUGUAACCAAGCAUACGGAGGAAAUCCAUAUCCUUCGUGAACAGAAUCUUUCUACUGAGCUUAUGAUAAAGGACCUCCAUCUUGAAUUGGAUGUAUUGAAGGAUUUGAAUGUGAAACUUCAAGCAGAAAUGGAUUUACACAAAGGUGAAAAAGAAGUACUUCAGAGAGAGUUUACUUCUCAAAGGGAAGAGAAGGAAAAUCUAGAGGGGAUACACCACACUCUGGUGGAUGAGAUGGAUACCCUAAAAACUACUACAACAAUGAACCAGAAGUUGAUUGAGGAAUUGCAAAUCACAAACUUAAAACUGAAGGAAGUGUGUGCAAGGAGUGAAGUUGAGAAGGCACUUCUCUCAGAAAAACUCCAAGAGGUGGAGAAGCUAUCUGAAGAAUAUUCACUCUUGGAGAACUCACUUUCAGAUGCAAAUGCUGAAAUGGAUGCAUUGAGGGAGAAGAUAAAAGCACUUGAAGCUUCAGAAAGCUCUCUCAAGGAUAUAAUUUCCUGUCAUGUUUCUGAGAAGGCUGUUCUUGUAUCAGAGCUAGAGAUCCUUGGUAAAAGAUUAUCUGAUGCUUUAGAGAACAAAUCUAUCUUGGAUAUCUCAUUAUCUGAUAUGAAACUAGACCUAGAAGAUUUGAGAACAAAGCUGAAAGAUUCUGAAGAAUCCUGUCAGUAUCUCCUUGCAAAUAACUCAGCACUUUCUGGUGAACUGGAUGCAUUGAGGGAGAAGAUAAAAGCACUACAGGCCUCAGAAAGGUCUCUGAAGGAUGAAAUUUCCUGUUAUGUUUCUGAAAAGGUUGUUCUUGCAUCAGAGGUAGAGAUCCUUGGUAAAAGUUUAUCUGAGGUUUCAGAGAAGAAUUCUAUCUUGGAUACCUCAUUAUGUGAUAUGAAAACUGAGUUAGAUGAAUUGAGAACAAAGCUGAACGAUUCUGAAGAAUCCUGCCAGACUCACCUUACAAAUAAUUCAGCUCUUUCUGCUGAAAAGAACAAUCUGUUCUCUCAGCUGGAGAGCAUUACAUUGGCCAUGAAAGCACUAGAAGGUAUGCACACCAAUCUGGAACAGAUGCACUCCUCUGUAUCAAGAGAGAAGGAUUUUGCAUAUGAUCAAGUAAGGGAACUGCAGGAUCAGUUGAGAAUUAAGAAUGAGGAAUUUGAAGUGUUAGCAAAGUCACAUCAAUUGCAAGCAAACAGCUAUGAGAUACAAAUUUCUUCUCUGCAAGAGAAAAACCAUUAUAUGGAGGAGGUGCUUGAACAGGAACAGCAGAAAAACGUAAAUGCUUCUAUUAGUACAGUUAUUUUGGAGAACUGUUUGGUCGAUGAGCAAGACAAGAAGGCUGCUCUUUUCACUGAAUGCCAAAAGUAUGCUGUGGAAAAUCAUUCAGCCAAUAUGUUGGUUUCACAGUUGAUGGGGGAAGCUAGAUAUCAUGGGGAGGAGAGAAAAACAUUGCUAAAGCACAAUGAAAAACUGAGGCAAGGGAUUUCAAAGCAAAUGAAGGUUCUGAAUAUCUGCAAAGAUCUAGCACCUGCUGAUUUAGCUGAGGACGAAGUUCUGUUGCAGACUGUUUUAGAUGAAACCAUUAACACUCUGAGACUUAAGGAUGAAACUGAAGAUGUGAAUAGGCUCAUGAACACUGAGUUCUCAGUUCUCUCAGUAGUUUUGUUGCAAUUAGGGAUGGAGCUCAGAGAUCUGCACUUACAGAAGUGUGCCAUUGAGAAAGAAGUGGAGAGUGGAGAAACAGAGUUGCUUUGUUUGCAAAACAAAAACCAACAGAUGUUGGAACAGAAUGAACAACUAAGGAAUGGAUUACAGGAAAGCAGUGAAAGGGAGGAGGUGCUGAAAACUGAAGUAUUCAUCACACAAGAGAAACUAUCUUGCUUGAGAGAGUCCUACCAGACAUCACAAGAUGUAAUUUUCAACCUGACCGAAAAAAAUGAGUCCUUGUCUAAGGAAUACCAGUCCUUGAGUGAGAAGUACAAUUCCUUGGAAGAUGAGAAUGAUACUGUUCUUGAAGAAUGCAUGAUGCUCGAGAACCUGUGCCUGUUCUUUAGGGGACAUAAUAAUGAGAUUGCAUCUGCAUUGGCUUCUCUUACCAAUGAGAUGGCUUUGUUGAGUUUGGCUAAGAGCGAUCUUGAUCUUCAAGUUGAUGAGCUGAGCAGAAGGUCAGUGGCGCAUGAAUCAGAAAAUAGUCACUUAAAGGAGUACAUCAUAUGCUUGGUAGAGAUUCUCAGAACUCGAUUAGUCCUUUCAGAGUUUGAUUUGGACACCAAUCAAAGUGUCUGCCAGGAGUUGGUUGUUAAACUUGAGAAUUGCAUGACACAGCUGGCGCAGAAGGAUGGUGAGCUAAUGGAAGCAGAGGAGGAAGUUCAACUAUUGCAAGAAAAGAACCAGGAACUCUGUGGAGUUGUUAGAUCUCUACAAGUUGCAACUGAAGGUGCUAAAGUGGUGGAAGGAGAACUGGAGAAGAAAAUCACAAGACUGAUUGAACAGUGUUCUUGCAAGGAUGUCGAAAUUUUACUUCUUCACCAAGACAAUGAGGCAUUGCAAUCAGAAGUUGAGCAAUGUGAGAGGGAAUUUGUUGUUCUGAUGGAUGAUGCAAUUACCUCUUCAGUGAAUUCUGCGGUGUAUGAAGAAACAGCAUUCAAGCUUAUGAUGAAUGGUAAAGCUACAGAGAAUAGAGCAAUAUCCCUAAAGGAGUUGCUAAUGAAGGAGGUCUCUUCCCGAGAUGCUCACAUUGAGGAGUUGCAGAAAAAGUUGGCUGGCAUUCAGGACGAACAUGCAGAACUAAAAGCUGAGUUGAACACACAUCUAGCUCUCGUAGCAUCAUUGGCUGAUCAUGUCAGUGUGUUGGAAGAAGAUUGCCGUUCUCUGUCAAAACCCUGUAGUACAGAAGACAAAGAGGAAACCGCAUGUGUACAUCAUGUUCAAGAGGGCAAUGAUGGGCUGGAAUCUCAUUGCUUACCCAAAGGAACUCCAGAGUUACAAGGGUUGAUUGCAAGAAUAGAAGCACUUCAAGUAGUUGUAUCAAAUGCUAAAGAUCGUCAAGAUCAGGAGUCAGCUGAGUCUGCAGCUAAAUUGGCGGCAGUAAGUGCAGAAAUUCAAGACCUUAAAGCAAGAGGUGGCUCACGCAUGGAGGGAAAAGAAAUAUAUUCUGAUCAUGAGAAACAAGAUGUUGAGAUCUCCAAAGGGAAGCAAGUCCAGAUCAUGAAGGAUAUUGAGCUGGACCAAAUAUCCACUUGUCCACCAUAUGGUGCUCGAGCUGCCCUCUAUCCGCUUGGAACUGGUGCAAAUGCCGAACUCGAUGACGAUAUGCUUCAGCUGUGGGAGGCUGCAGAGAGGAGCUGCAAGAACCAAACGGCCAAGUCCUCGUCAUCUGAGCACGACAUACAAGCCGUCGAGGAUCUGAAGAGUGAGCACCCUUCGUCUGAGCUAGCAAGGGGAAGAGACCUUGGAAUCAAUAAGCUAGAAGCGUCGAAGGGAGCUGCAGAGCCUCAUGAGGCGUGGAGCAAGAACGUACUUGAGAGGCUCACUUCUGAUGCUCAGAGGCUGUUGAGCAUCCAAGCGAGCAUUGAAGAGCUGAAGCAGAAAAUGGAGGGGCAGUCAAAGGGAAAAUCCCCUAUGAACUCUGAGUACAGCAGUGUGAGCGCUCAGGUGCAUGAGACAGAGGGCCAUGUCUUGGAACAGAUCAAUCUGAACAACAAAUUGACUAGGACGGCUGAGAACUACCCCACACUGUCAGAUAAUAUGAGCACCGAGCGAGAAGGGUAUUCCAGCAGGAGGAAGAUCUCCGAGCAGGUGCAGAAAGGGUCGGAGAAUGUGGCAAGGUUGGAACUGGAGCUUCAGAAGAUUCAGUAUGUCUUGCUGAAGCUUGAGGAAGAGCACGAGUACAGAAGGCUCAAAGUCUCUGAUAAGCGCACUCGCGUGCUUUUGAGGGACUAUCUGUAUGGGAGGAAGGACCGCGGUGGCGGGCAGAAGAAAAAGAAGAGGGUCCCGUUCUGUGGUUGUGUUCGUCCGAAAUCAAGAACAGAGCCGUAGCCUUUCUUUUUGUUCGACCUGCACCUCCAAGUGGUAGCCGUAGUCCGAAAUCAAGAAAUAAAACAAAAUCGACCUGCACCUCCAAGUGGUUGGCUAAGUGUCGCCUGUGCAUUGGAAGAGGAGGUGGUGUUCCUAGGAUCCCUUUGUAAUUGAGUUAGCAUUUUAGUAUCUUUUUUCUUUUAUUUUUGAAACUAGCAUUAUAGUAUCCUGAUGAAGAAGCUUAUGUACUAAAUUUUUUGUUUUCCUGUCUAAAUGAGGCCAUUCUGGCUAGUUUAAUGCGUUAAUACUGUCGUAUAUCAAGGCGUUCUCUUUC